AUGAACCCUCGAAUGAUGCUCAACAACAGAGGGCAACAGCCUCAACAGCCAAAUGGUCUUAGAAAUGAUUAUUAAAGCGUGGUUUAAGGCAUAUAAUCUUUGAUGGGAAUCUCAUUCUCAACUAUUUAAUUGUGUAUAUUUGGUUCAAUGCUUAUGGAGAAAACGAAAAAGCUGUUAGAAUUCAUUAAAUCUGGAGCUGUCACUUCACUUAAUAAACUGUUGACAUUGCUUCGGAUCAAGUAAUUUCUUAAAGGGGAAUUGACUAUGACAUAGAUAGGUAAAUCAGUAGUAAACACUAGUACUUAGAUUGGUAAGUAAUGGAUAAUUGCUAUACGUUUGCUUUUGUUAGUUGUCAUUCUAUUGAUUGGUGCGUUGUUGACACAUAUGAAGAGGAAAAUGAGAGAAAAAUAAGAAACCGAAGUUGAACAAAAGUAAUCGGAUACUGAAGAGACAGAAGAAUAGUAAUAGCUAGAUACUCAAGCAGAAACAUCUCAAUUACCAAUUUAAUAGAGUGAUUUCUGGAAUCAUAUUGAAGAAAAUCAACCUUCGAAUUAAGAAUAAUAGACUUAAUAAUAGCAAUAGCCAAGCACUGUCCAAUCAAUUAACUAUCUGAAUGAUCUCCCAGGAUUUUCCACAACUGGUAAUCCAAGUAAGCCAUGGAUGAAAUGA